AUGCAGGAGAACGCCUUCCUCAGCGACUUCUUCGGCUGCAAUGGUUUCCUUCCACUCGCUACCCCAAGUCAUAUUCGGGAGACGAUGGUGAAGAUCAUGUUACCCCCCGCCUCCUCUCAGCAGCCAGUCCUUGGGGACGACUGUGACGAGGGAGGGCACUACUUCGAAGCAGUCGCUCGGGGGGGUGAUCUGAGCAAGACCUCGGCAGGAAACCGGCUGCCUAUGGAUCCGUCAGCGUGCACGUUCUGGUGUGCAGUUGCUCUCGGGGCGCUCGCAAAGGGCAGCCCGAUCGAAUCGGUGACGAGCUAUGCCCGGCUGGCACAAGCAGCGCUUGCCAAUAGCAACUCCGACCCCGCAGACACCGAGGUCGCAAAGGCAUGGGUAAUUCUAGCUAACCUGCACGGUUUCAUGGGGGACAUGGAGGGGUUCGAGAAAUACCUGGCUCUUUCGGACUCUUUCGUGACAAGUUCUAUCGAGGAAGGGUCCACAGAUGCGCUUCCGGUGGGGUUUGCCGAGAUUGUCAAGUUCAAAGAGUUCGCCAACGCUUCCUGUGGAGAGUGGCCGCUGGAGUGUUUUUCUGUCCAAGAAAACAAUCCUCCUCCUCAGUUGAGCGUGGUUGCCACCGAAGCCGAGCUGUAUCAAUACGUCGCUCAAUCCUGCAGAGCGUUUGAGAGAGCGGUCUACACGACAGCGACCGAGCAGAGCGCGAGGGGGGGCGACAUGUGCGACUCUGAGUCUCAUGGCAGGCCAGAUGGGGUACGCCCUUCACCACAAGACUUCAUGGCUGGGGAUCUGUCCAACGCAAUGGGGGUGUUGUUGGAGAACGGGAGUUGUAUCCAUUUUGAACCGCUUGAAGAAGCGGUCGACCGACCAAGCAUUCGUGGGGGAAUCGGCGCCCUUCUCAUCAAUGGAAUCCUCGUCUUCGAAAAGGCGGCGAAAGGCGAUCUGCGUGCUACCCUGGAGAGGAUCGGUCGAUGCAUCGAGGUUCUUGAGCGAUAUCCUGGCUUGUGUCGCUGCAUGAUCGGGUGCCACAUGACGCACAUGAUGCUGAUAUGUCUCGUAGCGGCCGGCGAUUCGAGCGCACGAGCGAUGUACGACAGGGUUCGGGGGGCGUUUAACUCUCAUCGUCCUUCUGGUUACCUGCCUGUGCCCCCUUUCGAGGAGUGGUGCGGAGUGGACGCCUUCUGCGAUCAUCGUUGCUGCAGAGCCAUUGAGGGCCUUGUCAAGAGCGGAAACAUGAGGGCUUUCUCGGCGGCACCCGUUGACGGCAUCGAUAUCUGUGAUGAGCGAAGGGGCACGGGUAGCGUCAUAGACGACGAUGUUCUUCAUGGCCACGGACACACCGAGCAUGAGAUACUGCCGGCCCCCAACAACAUUCCUGGAACGAUCGUCGGCACUGCCCCCGUGUGGUCUACUAACAGGGGUGCUGAGGGUGACAUGAGAUCCCUUCCCCCGCCUACACAACCACCGGCUUUUUCUCCGGUAUCAUCGAGUCAUGCGUGCUGUCAGGACGAGCCAAUCCGGUGGUUGGCAGAAAGUAGUGAGGCGGAUGGAAAGAUAGAGCAUAUGGAUGAAGACGACGUUGCCGAAGAAGAUUGGCUGGAUGCAGCUCGUGCCAUAUCAGAUGCAGAGGAAACCGCGUGA